AUGGGGAACGCUACAAAAGCUCGAUCGAGGAACUGCUACUGGUUUGCUUUUCAUUUGGCGCUACAUCUGCUUUUCGGGAAGGAGGCUUUUGCUCAGAUACGUUACUCUGUUCCAGAGGAGGUGAAAGAAGGAACUGUUGUUGGAAAUGUUGCGAAAGAUCUGGGCCUUGACAUCACCUCUUUGACUGAUCGACGUUUUCGCGUUGUGUCUGGCAGUAAGGACGCAUUUUUUGAGGUAAACCCGGACAAUGGGGCUCUCUACGUGUAUAAGAAAAUCGACAGAGAGGAGCUGUGUCAAGGAAGCGGUGCGUGUCUGAUGGAACUUAAAAUUCUUGUUGAAAAUCCUUUAGAAAUGCACCAUAUAGUUGUAGAAAUUACUGAUGUAAAUGACCACUCGCCGAGUUUUCCUAAAAAAGAACAAAAAUUUGACAUAGGGGAACAAACGUUGCCGGGAAGGAGAUUUCAGCUGCACACUGCUCGUGAUCCAGAUGCUGGCAUCAACGCUAUUCGUACCUACACAUUAACGUCAAAUGAACAUUUUGAAAUAGAUAUCCGUCAAAGCGAUGAAGAUAAAAUACCAUUUUUAGUGCUAAAGAAGUCCUUAGAUAGAGAACAAAAAAGCAAACAUUCAUUCGUGGUUACAGCAGUUGAUGGAGGUAAACCUCCAAGAUCAGGGACACUAAAUGUUUCUAUUAUUGUUCUUGACACUAACGAUAAUCGGCCAAUAUUUACGCGGGAGGUUUACGAAAUAACAAUACAAGAAAACGUUCCAGUUGGCACAACAAUAUUUAGAAUGAAUGCGACGGAUCCAGAUGAAGAUACUAAUGGAGAAAUUGAAUACAGCCUUGGAAACACGUUAAGGCAGAAUGUUUAUGAGAUUUUUGAAUUGGAUAAAAUAACUGGCGAAAUUAUAGUAAAAGGAGUGGUGGACUUUGAAGAAAACGACGUUUAUAAACUCGACGUUGAAGCAUCCGAUAAAGGUGCACCUCCACUGACCGGUGAGUGUAGAGUCAUUAUAAAGAUUAAAGAUGUUAAUGAUAAUCCUCCAGAAAUAGAAAUUACAUCACUAUCAAAUACAGUGUCUGAAGACUCAAAGCCUGGAACAGUUAUUUCACUGCUUAGUGUUACAGACAAAGAUUCUGGAGUUAAUGGGAAAAUAAUUGUAAGCAUAAGCUCAGACGGCCCCUUUGAGUUAAAGCCAUCAUAUAAAGAAAACAUAUAUUCAGUUGUAACUAAAGGGUUGCUGGAUCGAGAGCAGGUGUCUCAUUAUGAAAUGACAAUACAAGCUACAGACUGUGGUGAGCCUCCUUUAUCUACUUUUAAAACACUCAGUAUUCAGAUAUCAGAUGUGAAUGACAACAGUCCACAAUUCUCACAAGGUCUGGACCGAUAUACAGGACAGAUCAGAACACUUCGCUCAUUCACAGAGACAGACGAGGCUGAGCACAAACUGGUCAUACUGGUCAAAGACAAUGGAAACGUUUCACUCUCAGCUACAGCUACUGUCAUUGUCAAACUUGUGGAGCCCAAAGAGGCUUUUGCAGCUUCUGAUGUCAAAAGUGCAGCAAAAGUUGACGAUGAGGACAAUGUGACUUUUUAUCUCAUGAUAACUUUGGGCUCAGUUUCUGUACUUUUUCUCAUCAGCAUCAUCGUGUUGAUUGCAAUGCAGUGCUCCAAAUCCACAGACUAUACUUCUAAAUAUCUGCAAGAGACUAAUUAUGAUGGGACACUGUGUCACAGCAUCCAGUACAGAUCUGGAGACAAACGCUACAUGCUAGUUGGACCCAGGAUGAGUAUAGGAUCUACUAUAGUACCUGGCAGUCAUGCAAAUACACUAGUGCUCCCUGACAGGAGGAGAACAUCUGAGGAGGCUGGGGCUGAACUGAGGUACUCGAUCCCAGAGGAGAUGAAAGAAGGGACGGCUGUUGGAAAUGUUGCAAAGGAUCUUGGUCUGGACAAAAGCUCUUUGAUUGAUCGACGGUUCCGUGUUGUGUCGGGAUCUAAGGACGCUUUUUUCGAGGUAAACCCGGACAAUGGAGCCUUACAG